GGCAUUUGUUUAUAAACUUAUUUAGCAAUCAAAAGGCCGAAAUUGCUCCUAAUUUUGGAUCAAAAUUGAAAUAUAUUUUUUUCUGAUAUAAUAGAGACAUGAGAACUUCUUUGUUUUCCGUGUCCCUGUUGAUUUUAAUUUCUUUUGCUCAUUUUCUCGACGCCAGAAAAGGAAAGGACAAAUCAAAGAAGCGCGAUGACGAAUUUGAUCACGUGUCCAAGGAGGAAGCUGUGAAGAAAUGGCAUGUAAAAGAGAUCAAGGACAAGAAAAUAGAAGAAGUUAAAGUCGCCACUGCUGCACCUGAAAGCUCCGAACGACGCCGGCUGUCUCAAGUAGACUUCUUAGACCUGAACUUCCUGGCUGGCGAGGAACUCAGUUCUCUAAUUGGAAGCCAACCUUCAAUCGAUGACUAUGAAGAACUAUCAUCCGACUAUGAUCUGAAUAGCGAGUACUUGAGCAGCGACUAUUCCGACAGUGAUGACUAUAACUACUACUAUACCUCGGAUGGAUUCAAUGACUAUUACGGUGACUAUAACAGCGAUUACAGCCAAGUUAUCACUGGGGAUUCAGAAGAUGGACUGGAUUACAAGUUCUCAAUGGACGAUUACAACAUUGAUGAUUUUGGAAUGAAGUUGGACCAUAGUUUUGACCAUAGUUUUGACCAUAGUUUUGACUAUAGUUUUGAGGAUUAUGGGGAUUAUGAGGAUUAUAAUAUGGUAACUGAGAGCCAUUUGGACCAACAACAUCCUGGCAGCAAAAAAGAAGACGAAAUUAUAAACGAAAAAGAAGAACCCAAAGUUGAUUUGGACCAAGUUUCGACAGAAACUGAGCAAUCGCUGGCUGAAAAUGAGCAAAAUGUGAACAAAAAUGAACAACUUGUCGAGCGAAGUGAUGAAAGUGAGCGUGUGAACACGUUUCAAGGUCACACGAUUGAAGCUGUACAAGAAUUCGACGAAUCGGAUUUGAUGGAUGAUGACGACUACCAAGGUUAUGGUAAUCUGGGCAAUUACUUAGACUCUACCGAUGAGGAAGAUUUGUGGGAUUUUUACCAGAAGUUGCAGAAAGAUUUCCAAGAAAUGCUAGAAGAUUACAACGAGGAUUAUACGACCAAUGUUGGUGGUUUGGGAGAAACUGAAGAAGGACGAAACCAUGAAGAUGAAGACGAAAAAGAAUACGACCAAAAAAACGACGAAGAUAAUGAUAGUGAAAUUUAUGACAAAAAAGACAUCUUUUAUGAACCAAACGAUGAAGACGACACAAUUGAAACAACCGAAGAAAAAGAAGUUCAAACCGAAGGAGAAUCUGUUCCCCCCGAAUUUGAGAAGAUUUCGAUGCAACAAAUGAAAGAGAUCAUAAGUGAACAGGCAGAUGUUCAGUCAGAAGAAUCUCUCGAAGCCGAAAGACAAAUCGUGGAGUCCGAUAACUCGAACGUAAACUAUCAGAACGGAAAUGACUUUUCGGCUAAGGAUGACAAUGAUCUGUAUGAACCAAUUGAUGAUGAAAUGUCUGAAGAAUUUGUGAAUCAGCUGGUUGAAAAACUGGAUGAUGCUCUAGAAGACGAAUAUGAGCCAAAUUACGACGACCAGAUUAUCGACUAUUACGAUUCUGAGUACUACUUCGACCAAGUAGACGAAAGGGAUCAAUUAGCCGACGAUUAUGGUUUAGAAGACGAGACAGAGUUUUCGGGUUUGGGUGAAAGCAGUUUGGACUUGCGCCGCAGUAUGAACGAAGAAAAGCCUUCGGGUGACAUUCGAAUUAAAAUCGAGGUCGAAUAUCUGAACAAUUACGCCGACGAACGCAAAAAUGAGCACCGUGGCGCUUUGCAGCGAUACGUGAAAAAAGAGUUCAACCAUUACGUCGACGAGAAAUUCAAAAAUGUGGAAGAAACUCUCAAAAAUGAGCUAAAAAAUUCUAUAAUUGAACAUUAUGUCGAGAGCGACGGCACGUAUGAGAAACUGAUAGACACGGAUAAUUUUGAGGGAAAAGUUGAAAAAGAGUUUGAAAAAUUGACGAAAGAGGUCAAAUCCGAGAUGGAUUCGGCUCUUGACAAAUACGAGACGUUCGGACACGAGUUCGAGCAUUACAUGAACAAAGCGCACGAGCAGAGCUUGAUGGAACACGACAUGUAUCAACAGGUCAGUCAAAUGCUCGGGCUUAUGAAAUACAUGUGUUCUGUUAAAGACACCUGCUCAACUUCCGACCAGUGUUCGGAUGGAUGUGGAUGCACAGCCGGCGCUUGCUUCUGCUGCAAACUUUCACCUGAAGUUUAAAAAACUGAGUUGCGAAGUUUUAUUUGUCAUUGAACUGAUUCUUAAACAAAUUCAGAUUUAUGCAAAUGAAAUACCAUUUAAUUUGAUGUCUUUAAGACGUUACCCGAUUAGCUUAUCUU